ACUCUGAUGACCAGCAAAUUGAAGAUAAGUACAGAAAUUGUGGGAGGCAUCUCAGAAGGGAAGAGUUAGAGCAAGCCUGUGAUUAUACAUUAUGGUAUCAACAUGGAGAAAUGAUUGCUCAGACUGCAGAUAUGAAUGUGCACAUGACUAUUGCUGAUAUAAAACCAGGUGAAGGCCUUUGUUCUAGAAGGCUCCUGGUUGGUCCUUCAGCAGCAGAUGGACCCAUCAUAGCUAACACUGCACUCAAACCACAUGAGCAGCAGGGGUUUCAAGAGAAGCUGUCUACCUGUGACAAACAUGGCACAGCCUGCGCAGAGCUGCAGUCCUUUCAGAAACAGGCAAACACAAGUCCUGGGGAGAAACUCCAAGAAUAUGCGCCAUGUGUGAAAUCCUAUUCUGAUUGCGCUGAAGAAAGUACCAUUGAAGAGAAGCCAGAUGUAAUUUCUUUCAUUAUACCCAACGAUGUUCAAAUGGAGGAAAGGAAUCACUGUGAAGUGAAUAUGGAUACAUGUGUAUCAUGGCUCAAAGCUUUCAGUUUUCACCAGGAGAGUCAGACACAUGAAAAACUUGACUCUAGAGAGAAAAAACCUAUGUAGGUAAACACUAUGGAAAAUCCUGCACUAAAAAUUCACUGGGUGAUCAUGGAAGAUCUCAGAAUAGGGAGAAAUCCUGUGUUUGUAAGCAGUGAGGGAAAGCUUUCAU